AUGGCUUCCCAGCAGUCACCUCACAACACUUCCGAGACAGCCUCUUGUUCAACCCCAGGAUACCCCAUUGAACCACGGAAACGAAAGCGAUCUGCCUCGGGAUCACAGCUGGCCCGCGAACAUGGAUUGAUGCGAGAUACAGGAGAGCACGACGCUGCUCGGUUUGUUGGUAGUGGAAGCGGCAUACACUACAUCCGCGCGGUGCAUCUGAGACUUGCUAGGAGAUCUGCUUUCAGGACAAACGACUCAUCAGUCAUCACCACUCUUAUUCCUGGUGAAGACGACCAGCUUCGACAAGCAUCUUCGGCGAGAAGGAAUCGCGAGCAGGUUCUGUGGAAGAGUAGUGAAGUCUCUGUGAACCCCGAGAACGUUUCACCCUGUUUCGAAGACUUUGUCGAGUGGUCCAAAAGCUAUUUCGAAUCAUGGCACCCGGUUCUUCCCUUUCUCCACGGCCCCGAGAUUCUUCGACUGUUCGAAAAAGCCUCAAAGAAUGGAAUCACAUCAAUAAACUCCAUGGAUCAGGUCAUUCUCAAGUCUGUUCUCUCCAUAUCCUUGGCCGAUAGCCGCCAAGGCGCCCCGGUCCAUAAGCCGAUUCCAAAUCAGCUCGUCUUUGAAAGCGUCGACGACGCAGUGGCAAGCUCACAGUUUGCCUUGAGUCAGCCAGCAUCAAUCCGCUCAACCCAGGCAGCUUUGGCAAUUCAGCUGUUUCUCACUUCCAUGCUCUGUCUCAAUGCCGCAUCUCGCCUAGGCGGACUGAUCGUGCGUAUGGCUUUCCACAUGGGUCUUCAUCGCUGUCCGAUAAGAUUUCCCUUCUUCACCGCUGAGGAGGCUUCUGUUCGGCGCCGUGUUUUCUGGUGUAUAUACAGUCUUGAGAGACUUCUCUGUCAGUCCCUCGGAUUGCCGCUUGAUAUCCAGGACGAUGACCUGGACGUUUGUUACCCAGGAGAGGAACGACAUCCUACGACGGGUUCCACUGAAGAUGCAGGAAAGCUGCAAUUACUCACAUUUGUGGCGAAACACGCGCGUAUUCGGGGCCUUAUUCUUGAGCUCCGUAACAAAUCUAUUAUGCAGCGGCAAGAAACGGCAGAUCGAACGGCAUUUGUGCAAACUGAGCUUGCAAAAUGGUCCAACGAGAUACAAGAUGCUGUGGAAGAGGAUGAGAUAGCCGAUCAUGCCUCAGAUGUGGGAGAGGCCUCACCCACUAUCUCUCCAAACCACAAACUCAUGCUCCUCAUCCUGAAGCACGAGGCAGCAAUCUGUCUGAACCGGCCAGGUCUAGCGUCAGAGUAUCCAUCCUCUUCUUACUCUUCUGCUUUUCAAGCAUGUAUCUCUGCGGCCAAGUCCAUCUUCAUACUCUUGAAGAAGCACGGAAACCGCAAUCGCCUAGCAACAGACUCGACUGGCAGAAGACUACAAACUCCGCUUCUCUGGCCUUCGUUCACUUGGGCUGUGUGGAUCAGUGCCUUUGUUCUCAUACACGCGGCAUUUGAGAACCAGGUUCCACUGGACAGCGCAAUGAGGUAG